AUGUCGACAGAAUGUAGCAGUGAUAAGCCAAUUGAACCACCAUCAGCAAUAUUUCCUGAAAUGACAAUGUCCAAGCUGGCUGGAAUUGCUCUUGGAGAGUUGCAGUCUCUUGGGGAUCUUUAUGAUUUCAAAUCCAUGGCAACGCUUUUCUUUAUCGGUGUUGUCUCCAUUACCCCAACACUACCAUCUCUUCCGCUUGUAAAAUUCAUCGCUAGUGCUGCAGACACUGAAGAUGAUGACCUGGAGACGGUCUCUUCUACUUAUAGGCUGGAGAAUCUUAAAUCCUGGAAUAAGAGCAGUGAUUGCUGCUCAUGGGAUGGAAUCACUUGUGAUAGGUUCACAGGUCAUGUGAUUGGCCUCAAUCUUGGCUCUAGUGGGCUUGUUGGUUCUAUUCACUCUAACAGCAGUCUCUUCUUGCUUCACCAUCUCCAAAAGCUUAAUUUAGCUUGUAAUGAUUUCAGUGGAUCCAAAAUCUCUUCCAAUUUUGGUGAGUUCAUGAAAUUGACACAUCUCAAUCUUUUCAUCCAAUUUCGAUGGCCUACUGAAGCUAAUUCUUUGGUAAACCUAUCUUCUUCAUUGAUAUCGCUCAGGCUUGAUCGUUGUUCGCUACAGGGCGAGUUCCCAAAUUAUAUUUUCCAACUUCCUUUACUCCAGAAGCUAUGGUUAUCAGGAAAUGAGGAUCUCUUUGGUCGUUUACCAAAAUCAAACUGGAGUAGUCCCCUCAGGUCUUUGGAUCUCUCUUCAACACUUUUUUCAGGAAUGUUGUACUACACAAUUGGUAAUCUAAUAUCCUUGAAUGAGCUGGACCUUUCUGACUGCCAGUUCAUAGGAUCACUUCCAACAUCACUUUGGAACCUUACGGGAAUCACUUUUUUGAAUUUGGGUUCCAAUAAUUUUUCUGGUCAAGUCUCGGGAUUGUUAUCAAACCUUGGCCAACUCAAUCAUUUAGAUCUUUCUGCAAACAAUUUUUCACGCGAGUUUCCUGAUGUUUUUGGUAACCUGAGCAAGUUAAUUGUUGGACAUGCUGGUGCAAAUAAUUUCACUGGUUAUUUGCCUCCAUCAGCAUUCAAUCACAUUCAACUUUCAGAAUUAGAUUUAUCUGAUAGUCAAUUCGAGGGCCACAUUCCACAGGUUAGUCAUCUUUUAUAUUUGACUGACAGAAUACCAUCUUUGGGUUCCUUAAAUCUUAGCAACAACAAACUCUCAGGUCCAGUUUCAAAUUCCAUCUUUGAACAUGCAAACCUUACUAAUCUCGACCUUUCAUCGAAUAAUUUGAGCGGCAUUGUGAAGUCGGAGAAGUUUUCAAAGCUCAAAAAUCUCAUAGUUGUAGACCUUUCGCAUAAUGACCUUCUGACGUUAAAAAGUGAUAUGGUUGACUUCAGCUUGCCCAAGCUAAGGGGAUUUAUGUUUUCUUCUUGCAACCUAACUGAAUUCCCUAUUUUCUUAAGAAACUCGAAAAGUUUGAUAUUUCAUUGA